AUGGCCUACCUCCAUAGCCCGUCGUUUAAAGGGGAUGUGGCGGAAUCCUUGUGCAAUUACGACGUUCUUUCCUUAAUUGCUCGCUCCAAAAUUAAUCUACGCCUGAUAAGCACCGUUUAUGGCAAUCUUCUCGCACAACGCAUGGUCUACCGCUUCGCGGAAAGCGUCGUUUCGGCCGCCUGUCUGAUCAAAGGUGGGGGGUUUGGCAAGGAGGCCGUUCUUCACCAUUACGUGUACCCGCUGAUUCAGGAGCAUCGAUUUGCCGGGCUCACGACGCGUUUUUUAUGGCGGGCGGUGUCGUGGGUGCUUCCGCGAUGCCUGCGGGGCUGCCUUCGACUUUCCACGCGCGGGAAAAAAGGGGAUUCGCGCGCGAAGGAACCACUUCCGACCGCUCCGAUCGCGACCUCGUUAUGGUACGCCACCCCUACCCCGGAGCGGAUUUCCCUCACCUCCUCCGACGCGAUUCGGCGAUUCGACGACGCCUAUCGGGCGCACCCUUUGCGGACCAUUUUAUCCACCGGAUUCAUCCCCGAUCUCGCCCGAUUAGGGGUGAAUCAGGCGCUUUGGGGGUUGGAAUACCACCGGGAGCGGCGCUACCCCACCUCGCGAUGGCGGGUCCUCAAACCCCAUCUUCGCUACCUCGCCUGCACGGGGGUGGAGACGGUUUUGUCGUACGCCGUGCGCGCCGCGGGGGCGAUUCUCGCGCGGCGAUCCUCCGCCACCUCGGGGGAAAGCGCGGCGAUGUUUUGGGGGGAGCAUCUGCUGUAUCUCGCGUGUUUUUUCCCGAUUAUGAUGAGCUCGCAGGUCGCCGGGGAGGCGGUGGGGGCGCUGCUCGAACGCGCGUUUCCCGCCUCCGCGGAGGAUCUCGCGCAGAACGCGCGGGAGCGCGAGGAGGAGGCCACCGGCCCCACCCGCGUGGAGUCGUGGUUUCGCAUGGAGGAGGAAGUCGGCGGAAGGCUGGGGAAGGAUGCGCGGGAAAAUCAUCGGGAACGCGAAACGGAUCGCACCACGCGAAACGGCUCCGCCGCCGAGGCGGCGGCCGAUCCCUUCGCCCGGUUUUACCCCCCGUUGAACGGGCAAUCGACGCUUCCCGACUUUUAUGCGGUUUUAGGCGUCGACGAGAACGCGGCGGAGCAUCAGAUCAAAAAGGCGUAUCACAAACUCGCGCUGCAGUAUCAUCCGGAUCGGGUGGGGAGCACCGCGGAGGCGCAGCACGCCGCGCGCGAGCGGAUGGCCGUCAUCAACGACGCCUACGACACCCUUAGCGAUAGUCGAAAGCGGAUGGAGUAUAAUCGGGCGCGGAGUAUGAUGCCGAUGUUUUCGUGUGUGGAUCAAUUGGAAAACGCCUCGGCGGUGCAACUGAUGGCGAUGGGGCUUGGCAUCUUCUCGCUGAUGGGGGCGAUGGUGUAUAUGCAAUUUCGCGCCGCAUUUUUCCGCAUCACCUCGCCGGGUUGCAUCCCGCUCAUCUUCCAACAGUGGCCUUGA